UCACACCUCUGGCUGUCAUGUCGUCGACAUACGCUAUACAGGACAAAGAAGUAGCAGUCAUUACUCCACACCCGACUGGGAGUUCAGAGGUCAACAAACAGAUGAUGUCUAUGUGACUACGGCAGGUGGAGGUUUUACACCUAGCGAGGCAGUCGUGGACACAUGUAUUAAAGAGAAAGCAUUAAAGAGACAAACACUGGAACUCUAAGGGCGAACUUCAACAAAGCGAAAAAGUGAAUCAGCAGACACGCGAUGACCAAGAAAACAAACUUGUACGUUUACUUCAGCCACUUCCUGUCAGCAUGGGGCGAUCGCAUGUGGUCCUUUGGCGUUGGCCUUUUUCUUGUGAGGAUCGCAUCUGAAAAUCUGCAGCUGCCUGCAACGUAUGGUUUGGCGUCUGGCUUGAGCAUUUUUCUUCUGGGUGCCCUGGUUGGAGACUGGGUGGAUUCCACACCCAGACUGAAGGCCGCUCAGCUGUCGCUCGUCCUGCAGAACUGUUGCGUGGUGCUGUGCGCCGGUGUGGUGUACGCCUACAUACUGCUGGAGGACGUGCUGAGCGCUGUGGAGGGCGGCUGGGCUGUCCCGUUAUGUCACGCGUUCGUCAUCAUCGUAGCGAUCCUCUCAGACCUGGCCAGCCUGGCCCGCGUCAUCGCUGUAGAGAGGGACUGGAUCGUCAAGAUUUGUGGAACCGAUACCGACUCGCUGGCGAAAAUGACCGCUGUACUUCGGCGCAUCGAUCAGACGACCCUCAUCCUAGCUCCGGUGGCCACUGGGCAGGUGAUGACAUUCGCGGGUCUUGAGAACGGUGCGCUCUUCAUCGCUGGCUGGAACCUGGCGUCAGUGGGACUGGAGUACUACCUCAUGUGGAAGGUCUACAAGACCAUGCCCGCACUCAGCGCCCGCAAGGACAGGCCCGAGAACAACGUGAAGGUGGUCAGGAGGUCCAACGUCUCCAGUGCCACGGCACAGGACAAACUGCACCUGGAGACGUCCUUCUCACAGACACCUGCCUGCAAGACACCAUUCGCCGCAGAGGCACACAACUCGCAAGAAAAGCUCUUGGAUUCCAGCAAUGUUGUUGAGUACUCAGAAGCUGCACCUCUACUGCAGCAACAUACUCAGGACUCGAAGACUUUCAACACAGAGGCUGCAAAUUGCGUCGCUAGCCCCAUACUCGACGAAAACUCAAUCACGUGUGAAGUGAGCGCUAGCAAGACCCGCGCUCAGGGCCGGGACAGGUCGUGCUGCGGACGGUUGCUAUACCAGGUCAUCACACUGUACAGAGGCUGGCGAACGUACAUGCAGUACAACGUGGCGUUAGCUGGGCUGGCCCUCGCCUGUCUCUAUAUGACGGUCCUUGGCUUCGACAACAUUACCGUGGCUUACGCCGUGACGCAAGGAGUUUCGGAGUCCAUCACUGGCGUGCUGAUGGGCGUGUCUGCUGUCUUUGGCCUCAUCGGCACGUGCGUCUACCCGGCUCUUCACCGACGCACAGGAUUGGCGCGCACUGGAAUUAUAGCCCUUACCUGCCAGGUGAGUUGCCUAGCGCUGUGUGUCGUCUCCAUCUGGAUGCCUGGAAGUCCUUUCGACCCGUUUUGCUGUAGGGAAGCUUUGGCGGUCAACAGUACACCGAUAGGGGACGUGAACUUGACAAAGGUCGAAGACAUCGAUAACAUCUCCACUCUCAGUAACACACUUGCCACCCGUUUUGCUGGUGAAACAGUACGAGUGAGCAGCAGCACACUACAUGGCAGCCUUUCCAAGUACCAAGAGAGUUCCACUGCAGAUAUUUUGAUGACGAGCGUCUUUCACGGCAACCUUACCCUUGCUGCUAUCGGAAGCCAAAGUUAUGAGGUGCCUAAUGGCGUGACUUGGAGUGACACGAGCUUGCCGCCAGAGAUAGGCAGAGGCCCCACUUCCUAUGUGUCCGUCAUUUUCCUGAUGGCUGGAAUCGUGUUGGCGAGAUUUGGGCUAUGGAUGGCGGACCUUUCUAUUACACAACUUUUUCUGGAGUCCGUGAAGGAAAAUGAGCGAGGGAUCGUCAAUGGGGUCCAAAGUUCUCUCAACAAACUAAUGGAUGUUUUGAAGUUUCUGCUGGUGGUGGCCAUACCAGAUACAGAAACAUUUGGCUUCCUUAUCAUUAUAUCAUACGCCUUCAUCUGUCUUGGUUGGCUUCUUUAUGCUAUAUUUUUCCGUAAAUUCUGCCACUUUUACAAGACUGAAAGGCCAUUACCGUCUGGCUACAACACAUUAUGACAAGCUGCCAUUUUCCUUGAAUACCAAGCUCAUACUUUUUUCUAUCUCUUUCACAAUUCUUACUAAUUUUAUUGAUUGCAUCCAACACUUUGUCCAUAAAAUCGUGGAUUAUUUUCUUCCAUCCCUCAAGUAUACAAGAUUAUACAAUAUCUGAGUGCACUUGUCCAUGUAUGAAUGCAUGCAAGCACAUGCAUUUUUUUAUCUACCCAUCCACCCUGACACACACAUACACAUACACAUUAUGCACACCAUCUUUUCUUUCUAAUCCUCAAACUUGGUAUUUCCUCCCAUAGACUAUGCUGUAAAUUGACACACUAUAAUUUCUCAUAUAAAAUAGAUUUGUGUUUGCAA